GUUGGUGUGCGACCGGCCAGCUGUGGAAUCAUUAUCAAUGUUUUCUUAUAUUCGGUUAUGUUCAAAACUUUAAGUUUUUCAUCUAGUCAUGCUUUCAGUGUCACAAAGUUUCUAGUUUUUCCAUUGUUUAUUGUUUUAGUGUGGUGACACUGAAAGACCGUUCUUUUGAGUUUCUUCGUUCUCUUGUUCGUUAUAUAUGAAUUCGGGCAUUCUUUCUUUUUCCGCUGUCCACACCGGUUGUUUUGUGUUCAACAACACUAGUUUUCAUGUUCUGUUUGCAGUCGUCCCAAACCACGUUGUUGUGAAUUUUGUGAUUCAUCGUCUGGUAAUUAUCGUUCUCUGCAAUUUUAUUGCCACCAUUAAUUUGUUGUCCCCAGUUUAGGGUGGUCAAGAUUACCAGCGAUUUGUGUAGUGAUUCAACGUGUUUUGGUGUACCUCGUUGCUCGUGGGGACAGUAGUGUAUGCUAAAGAUCCUGUCCCGGCUGCAUCCAGUGUUUCAUUGGUGUGAAUUCUUCGUGAACAGUUGCCGACACACAUUCGCACGUACGCAGGGUCAAUUUGUUUUUAUUGUAACUUAUUUGACUUAUUAUAUACAGGCCCUGGUGCGGUAGCGUAGGUGUAAAACCAGGUGUGUGUCUCAACUGUUAUGUGAGUAUUGGUCGACCAAAUGUUUAUGUGUAUGACCGACGGGUCUUAGUUUAAUAUAAUAUCAUUCACAACAUGAGUUAUUUAUUUAUUGUAAUAUUUUAUUGUUGAGCCAAACAGGCAAUUAUCUAUUAUUUAUUUAUUGUCAUCUUAUUUAAUAUACCUAAAAAUACAACCAAUUCUUUUUAUACUUAUUAUUUUAUUGUUGCGCUGAGAUAGGUAGUACUUAUAUUGUGUUGCCUAUCUCCAGGCCGCUAAGGCUCAUUAAUCUACUUAUUAUUAAAGCUAAAGGCGAGCCAACACAUAUGUAAACAAGUCUUAACAUCAUUGAAAAAAAAAUGAUUUUUAUUAAAAAGUAUCUAAUAUUAUUUGUAUUUAACUAUAAUAAUUUAAUAUAUUGUAUAAAACAAUAAACAAACAAAUAAUAAAAAAAAAAAUCAUGUGUGGAGUAACAGUUUUUUAAAAAACCUUGAAAACAGAGUUAAGGGGAUUAUAAAAUGGCUUAAGAUGCAUCCCGCAUCCGCAGUUACAGUGCAUCGAAAUGUUGAUGUCCGACAACUACCUAAUAAAUAAUUAUUUAAUUACAUUAAGAAUAGUAUCUAUCUCUUUUAGACAAUGCUUUAAUAUAAAAAUAUUUCAAGGAGGGUUUGAGAUGGCCAAUGGAGAGCUAAACUCUCAUGACGCCCCCUAUUACGCCCAUGCACAAGUCACUUUAAUCAGUAAGCAUGUACUGAAUUAAUUGUAUCUCUCUUAAAUUUUGCCCAUACUAUUACCUACUAUAAAACCAAAUGACAAUUUUUGGAAAUGGAGUAAGUAAACCGAAAUCGAUUUAAUAAUCAGAACUAUUUUGUGGUUGCACGAAUUCACAUAAUAUUCUGAUACGAGAGAUACAUGUAAACAAUUAACGGGACUAUAAUGAGUACCUAAUGACUUGACUCGUUUAAUUGGAACAUGGAUCUAAUAGUUCUUACUUCUUUUAAGCUAUAAAUUAUAAUAGUAGACAUUUGUCGAAGUAUAGGUUUAUUCAUUUAAGAUUAAACUAACUAUGGUUCUAAAAAUUAUAAUGUAUCUUACACUAUAUAACCACACAAUUCUAAUAUAUUAAUAUGAUAUAUAUUUAGGUAUAAUUUAUAAACGAUCUAUAUAAGUACUGUUUCAUUUUCUAAACAUCUUAGAAAUGUAUACCAACCAGCUUAUCUAAGAAGAAUAUAUAUAGGUAUAUAUCUGAAUAUUUUGACAGUAUUACAGCUAUAAAAGACCCACUGAACAAAUUAUAUACUCAUUUGCUUCAACAAUUUUAUUGCGAACAGUUAAACCAAAAAAUUAGUCAUUUAUUAAAUUUUAAUAUUUCCUUUUAAAUUAAUUUAAAAUAUGGAAAAAAUAAUUUCUACCUUAAAAGGAGCAAGAGGCCAAGGAAAUACUUAUAAAUAUGAAGAUGGAUUUGUUUAUUGGAAGAAAUUGGACAGUAAAUUUUAUAUUACUGUUAGAUGUUCAUUAUGGAAAUCCGGUGUAAAGCAAAAGGUAAAAUUUCAAAAACUGACACAACUAAACUUGUGUUGGCUAUUGGUCAUGAAAAUCAUCAACAAAACAGUAUAGUGACAAAAUUUAGAAAUAUUUGUAAUGAACGCGCAAAGAAAGAACAUAUUUCUCUUCGUAUAAUUUAUAAUGAAACAAGUUCCAUGCCAGAAUUUGUUAAUAUGAAUGUUGGUUCAUUUGUAUCGCAUCGACGAACAAUGCAAAGACAUAGAAAAGCCAAUCAACCAACAUCUCCACGAACCAUGAUCGAUUUUCAUAACCAAUUAACUGGAGACUAUGCUCAUCUUCCAGUAAUGAGUAAUGUACCAAUUUAUAUGGGAAAAAUAGGCACUAAUCCUGAAGAAGGAACCACAUUGCUAUUUGUACUACCACAAAUUAAAAAUAUACUGAGGACAGGAUCAACUUUUUUAAUGGAUGGUACAUUUGCUGCUGCUCCUUCAUUCAACCGCGAGUGUCAACAACUAUAUGUUAUAAUGGGUAUAACAUUUAACACUGGUUUUCCAAUAGCAUUUGCAUUAAUGUCUAGAAAAACAGUGAAGGCUUAUGAUGCUCUAUUUAAAAGGUUGUUGGAAAUUGAGCCACAAUGGAAACCUAAAACUAUAAUAGUGGACUUUGAAAGAGCAGUACAGGUGUCAAUAAAAACAAUUUUUAGAAACACAAAUAUAAGAGGAUGUUGGUUCCAUAGCUCUCAAGCUUUAUGGAGAAAAGUAGGAGAAUUAGGGAUGAUAGAAAUGUGCAAUACAAAUAGAAAUGUAUAUGACAUUGUCCACAUGCUAAUGGCAUUACCAUUAUUGCCUAGGGAUAAAUUGAUGGAAGGGUUUGUAUCUGUAACAGAUUUUUACGUACAAAAUGUUCAACACCAUUUAUCAUUGGAAAACUGUAAUGCAUUUAAUAGGUAUUUCCAAUAUUACAAAUCAACUUGGCUUCAAGGACCAAAUGCAGACAUCUUGUCUGUAAAUGGUGUUAUUUGGCGAACAAAUAAUGUGCUGGAAGUUAGCCAUCAACAUCUCCGUAUGCAUAUGGGCAAUGCACAUCAACCAGAACCAUGGGUGUUUUUAAACGGGUUAAUUGCAUACUCAAGUGGUUUAUUGGCCGAUUAUAAUUUGGCAAUUGAUGGUAUCCAGAUCCGAGAACCACAACGUCAAUUCUGGAUAGAUCAUCAAAGAAAUCUUGAUUUAGCUUCUAGGCUAUUAAAUGAAGGACGUUAUUCGGUAAUGGAAUUUUUGGCAUGUACCAAACAUGUCACUCCGAAUUUUGGGGUAGUUAGACCACCACUUUUUAUCCAGCCAAUUCCUGAAGUACAACCUGUGGUUAAAAAUCAAAUUGAUGCCAGGGAAUUUAUUUUACAAAGAUGGCCUAUUGUCAAUGAACAAAUUAAUAUAUUGCAUCUUAUUCAUGGAUUGGACGAUGAAGAUGAAGAAGAUAUACCCCGAGCACAACCAACAACACCACAAAUCGUUCACAUCAGUCUUGAAGACUUAGCCUAUCAGUCCUAAUAUUACCAAGUAGUAAAUCUAUAAUGAACUGGACUUCAUCAGUCAAUGCAGAACCUGGCAUUUUUAGUGAAGUCAUGCAAUCUCUACAAACUUUAAGUGCAGAAGAUAAACACUGUAAUUUAUGUUUAG